CACGCCAUGUCAUCGAGCAGAUAUCUCAGAAAUCUUACGCGCCUGGUAUCCGGAAGAUCAGGUUGCUCUGUUACCUCAAUAUCAGAGCUUCCGAAGUACCCGACUUCUGUGGCGCGAAAGUCGUCUACUCAGGCAGCACCCAUACUUCAUCAAUACCCGCCUACAACUCUUGAGGAUCCGCUCACAUUUCCAUCAACUACGUAUAAUACUAUCGAUGAGAACGUUAAGGUUGAAGAGGAGGAAAUCGCCGGUUAUGAUGCUUCGCGAUUUUAUCCGGUCCGAAUCGGGGAAGUCUUCCAAGGCCGGUAUCAAGCGGUGACGAAGCUCGGCUUCGGAAGCUCAUCCACAAUAUGGCUUGCCCAAGAUUUAAGAGACCGCAAAUAUGUCGCUCUCAAGAUCUACGUCCAUACGUCCCGCAAUCACCGAGAAAUUCCCGUAUACGAAACAUUGUCACCAAUCCUCGGCAAGACCAGACACCAUGGAGGGGGAAACAUCCGGAUAUUUUUAGACUCGUUCGAAAUGAGCGGGCCUAAUGGCCGUCAUAAGGUACUGGUACUUGAAGGUACACAAAUGAGUCUGCGUGACUACAAGGAAAUCUUUCGAACAGAUGGAUUUGAUGAAAAUUUCGUCAAAAGAGCAGUCAAGGGGCUAUUGAACGCUCUUGACUUUCUUCACACGGAAGCACAGUUAGUACACACAGACAUUCACCCCGGGAACCUAUUGCUAGGCCUUGACGACGAUUCACAGCUCCAACCUCUGGUGUCCAUGGCCUUUAAAUCACCUGUCGCACGAAAGCAAGUCUUAGAAUGUCGAACAAUCUACCUCUCAAAAGUCAUGCGCCCAAGGCCAGGUCCAAUCCUAUUAUCAGACUUUGGCGAGGCGAGGACCGGACUGGGACCACACGCUGGCGACAUUAUGCCGCUUUCAUAUCGCGCACCGGAAGUCAUUAUGAGCAUGCCAUGGAACCAUUCUGUAGAUAUCUGGAGCGUUGGUCUGACCGCUUGGGAUCUUCUCGGCAUGAAUCGGUUGUUCACGGCGAGGGAUGGAGAUGGAGAAAUGAGCGAUGCAGCGCAUCUAGCCGAACUCAUGGCAACGCUAGGUCCGCCACCCCGGGAAUUUCUGCAGAGGAACUCUGGGAGAGCGGCUGACUUUUGGGACGAGCAAGUAGGCAAAUGGAAAGGACUCGCACCUAUCCCCAAGAACCGCUCUCUGGAAGAGCUUGAGACGAAGCUUGGGGACAGCUCGGCUUUCAUUGCAUUUCUACGGCGCAUUUUAACUUGGAUGCCAGAAGAUAGACCUACUGCGAAGGUGCUACUACAGGAUCCGUGGUUAAUGACCGAGAGCAGUACUAGUGCGAAAGCUGAGUCGCUGGGUGCUGAGGAGCAGUAAUGCUAAAGGAGCAGAUCCGGAGUCGAACGAACUCUACAAGGCGGGAGAGCAAGAGGUCAAUUCUCACUAAAUAAACGCUGGACAUUCCUCUAUCUAGAGUACAAAAUCAUGAUAAUGUUGUCAUGGGUUUAGGCAUGCUAUCAUAUGGCUAGAAACU